GCUGGAAUCUGUCACAGGAGAUUGGUGGUGAGAGGCGAAGAGAAAUAUUAGACAUUUCACUAUGAAAGGAGCAAUUGUUUUCAUCUCUUUUAUUGCAAUUGCUUUUGCAAAGAAAUUCAGGUGGUGCAACUUAUCUGAUACAGAACAGAGGAAAUGUGCUGAACUUUCCAGAGCCUUGCAGGCAGUGUUACCUCCCACAACCAAGGAUUCUUUCACCAAGUUGUCUUGCAUUAAAGCGCACAAUACAAAGGAUUGCAUCAAGAAGAUACGGGGAAACAAGGCAGAUGCGAUUUCAUUAGAUGCUGGUGAUGUCUACACUGCGGCAAGAUUUUAUGAUCUCACUGUUGUGGCAAAGGAAAUGUAUAAGGAUGGUGGCUGUUUGUAUUCCGUGGCAGUGGUCCAGAAUGAAAGCCUAGAUAUUCAGAAGUUAAGAGGAAAGAGAAGCUGUCAUAAUGGUGCUCGACAUACAGCAGGCUGGAAUAUUCCCCUCGGAUUUCUCCUGUCUCGGAAUUACCUUCAUUGGCACGAGAAUCAAACUGUAAUUGAAGCCACCAGUAAAUUCUUCAGUGCAGCCUGUGCUCCAGGGGCAGGCUCCUCCUUCCCCAACCUGUGCCGGCUCUGCCAGGGCAAGAAAUCGUACAAUAGGGACAAAAAUUAUUUCUGUGAAACGACUGACAAUGAGCCUUACUAUGGUUCUGAAGGUGCACUCAGGUGUUUGGAUAAGGAAAACAGUGAUGUUGCCUUCCUUGACAGCACAGCGCUGGCCAACAUAAAUGCAUCAGAGGCAGCCAAGUACAAACUGCUAUGUCCUGAUGGAACCCAGGCUGAUCUCAAGGACUUCAGAAAAUGUCAUCUUGGAAGGGGACCUGGCAAUGCCAUUGUAACCAGACACAACUACAGAAAGAUCACACGGAAAUUUCUUGCUGUUGCUCAGCAUCUCUUUGGGAGAAAUGGGAAGCAGUCACGACGAUUCCAGUUAUUCAGCUCCACCGGCUUCAACGGAAGAAACCUGAUGUUUCAAGACGCCACUGAGAAGUUGCUGCUUCUUACAGACAAUGCUGACAUCGGCCAAGUAUUGGGGUUAGACUACAUCGCUCUGCUGAAAGGACUGGGCCAUGGAGGGACCUCCUUGGAGAAUAUCAUUGUGAGGUGGUGCUGCAUUAGUGCAGCUGAGCAAAGCAAGUGUGAAGAAUGGGCCCUCAACACAAAAUCCAACCCAUUAGUCUGUAUCAGAGCAACAUCCAUGAGCGACUGCAUAGAAAUGAUAAAGAAGGAUGAGGUGGAUGCGGCUUCCCUUGAUGCGUCGCAUGCUUACAUUGCUGGGAACUGUGGCCUUGUUCCUGUGGUGAUGGAAUAUUAUGGGAAGAAAUGUGCAGUGGCCAGCGGGAAACAUGGAGAGACACACUUUGAGGCUGAAGAUCUGCCUCCAGUCUAUGCCAUUGCUGUGGUGAAGAAGGCUUCCCGAGGCGAGAACAUCUUUAAUCUAGCGGGAAGGCGAAGCUGUCAUGGCCACUUGUACAGCCCAGCAGGCUGGCUUCUCUUAACAAAAUACACUAUCCGAUCUAACCGAAACAGCACUGACAUCUGCAACAUCAAUAAGGCAUUUAUAAACUAUUUCCGCAAAGGCUGUAUGCCUGGAAUGAAUUUUAAAGGGAAUCUUUGUAAAGUCUGCAUUGGAAGAGAGCAAGCUGGGAUGAAAUUAUUUAAUCAAAGGUGUGCAGCGAACCAUGACGAACUUUACUAUGGCAAUAUGGGUGCCUUGCGGUGCUUAGUCGGGAAUCGCAGUGGGAAAAGCUUUGGAGAUGUUGCCUUCCUUGAGCACCAUAACUUAAUGGAAAACAUAGAGAGUCUGAGUGAUUGGGCUGAUGGGUGGAGUCCCGACCACUUUGAGUUGCUGUGUCCAGGUGGUGAACGUGCUCCACUCACCGAGUGGGAAAGAUGCAACCUGGGCUCCAUCCCUCCAAACAUCGUGAUGACAAGGUCUGUCAUUGCCACCAAAAUCCACGAAUUCCUGAUGAAAUCACAGGAACAUUUUGGAGCGAGCUCAGACUCUGAAUUUCAGCUUUUCCAGUCCCAUAAAUAUGGGGAAAGGGACCUGCUUUUUAAAGACUCCACAAAAUGUUUGACUCGUGCAACUCACCUCAACUACAUGAGCAUCUUGGGCGAAGAAUUCUUUAAUUUGGCAGAAUCGGUCUUCAGUUGCACAGCAUCAGAAAUCCUUGAAUUCUGCACUCAGAAUGCCUGCAGCACCUUGCAAGUGUGACACUCCAAGCGAUUCUCACACCCUGAUGACAUGGAGCGAUACACAGCAUAAUCCUCUCUUUGGAAUUAGCUUACUCCCUACUCUCGAUUUAAGACUUUGAGCAAUUCGAUCAGUCAGACUCUUCUGUGUCAUUUUUAAAAAUGAUGCUUUCAAUCAACCUGUUUGCCAUCCAUGGCAGGUGGGACUUGAACCUGGACCUUCUAGCCUAGAGGUAGGAACACUACCGCUGUGCCACAAGAGCCUUCAGCAUUGUCUAAAGUGCAUGCGUUAAAGUUUGGGGGAUUGAUUUUGACAUUGGCCAAUAAAGGUGAU